UGUCACAUUGAUUUUAAAUGAAAUGACUGGCUCGGCUGUGUCAGUGUUACCGGAUCUUAUCGUGUUCCCCCACUCUUUCGCCUGUGACCAUCAUUAUUAUUUCCAGCGGGAUAAUAGUUAACGGGUUGCCGGCUGUCUAUCCAUUAACCGGCUGUAUUGCAGUACUGGCUUCAGCUGUGACCAUCCGACAAUGUCAAGUUAAGACCAUCUUUACUAACAGCGCCAUGCAGGAAUAAUCGCUUUCCAAAUUCGGAGACGGACGGGUAAAUACCGGGAUAUUUAAACGUCAGGAAGUCUGACCAGUCCAUGCUGAUGUCACCUGUUUACCACCUCUACACUCUCUAUGUGUGUUCAGUUCAUCCAUUCCUCUGAAAAGGUCAUGAAAGCUCCUUAUUCCUGGUCCCAUUGACCCCUGACAACCUUUGACACGUGUUUCUGUCAUCAUCAACCCACUUCUGCUAUGCAGUCAUGAGCUCUGCUCUAUGGAGCCAGGAGAAGCCUGCAGGCAGUUUCCGAGAUGACUGGCACUUUUACAUUGUGGUGAAGGAAUGCACAGUGGAAAAGCUAGGCCAGAAGACCCAGCGCAUCCCACGCGGCAGCCUUGGCCAGGUGUGCCAGGAACGCAACAGCCUUGGCCGCACUAUCCCGCCAAGCAAGGGGAAGCGCAGUCUCCGUAUCCUGGACCAGACGAAUGUGGUGGUGAGCCUGGAUGAGCAAAACUUGAUGGAGCUGGAGGAGAAGCUAGCGGAGCUUCUUUUUCCCAUCACCAACUGUGAGGAGCGUUACAGCCUGCUGUGCAACAGAGCACGACUGGACAGGGCCCGUGACAUUGGCUGCGGAUCAAAAGUGCGUGUUCAGCUGAGGUCUGGCGACGAGCCGCUUCCAGGCGUGGUUCGCUUUAAAGGAGCCUUGCUGCCUGACCGAGCAUUGAGCGGGAUCUGGUUUGGUGUUGAAUUGCUAGAGGAGGGCCGGGGUCAGGGUUUUACCGAGGGCUCUUAUCAGGGUCAGCAGCUGUUUCGAUGUGAAGAUGAAUGCGGUGUCUUUGUUGCAUUGGAUAAACUUGAGCUUUGGGAAGAUGACGAGCUGGAUGUUGAUCGUGUGACGCUAGUGGAUAAUGACCCGGAAGUGGAAGGCGACAUCCCGCCACUGGAGAUCAACUCUAGAGUGUUGGUACAGACACGAGAAGGCCCAGAAAGGGGCACCGUUAUCUUCUGUGACUUACUGCCUGGCAAUGAGAGUCUCGGAUAUUACGUUGGUGUUGAUAUGGACAAUCCCAUUGGAGACUGGGAUGGGAUCAUCGAUGGCAAACUGCUGUGUAAUUUUGCUAGUCUUGAGCACACCCGACUCGUCCCCGUCUGUGAUGUGAUGCCAGAAUACUCCAUGCAGGAUCCGAGGCUGCCUAAAGUCUUUGCCAGCAGGGGCGGCAGUGACAAGCCUGGCUGCCAGAGCAAACCAAAGAUCAAAGGAUUAGGCCUGCAGCCUGGCAGCAGGAGCAAGUCUGAGUUUUAUUAUACGCUAAAUGGCAGCUCGGUCGAUCACCCUGCUCAGUCCAAAGCCAAAAGCACAUGGUACAUAGAUGAAGUCGGUGAGGACCCAGCCAAAUCACUGAUGGACAUGCCCCCAGACUUCAACCCGGCCUCAUCCGCCUCUCGAGCUCCUCCUACAACCGCCUCACUGUCCAAUGAUAACAAGUUCCACUCGUUGCCCUUCAGUUUGAGCCGCAAAGUUGGCCCCAAUGGGAGUAUGAGCCACGGCCCCCUGUCCCUGUCUGCAGGCUCAGUGAUGGGGGAGCAGCGGGAGGUCUCGCCACCUGCAGCCACACCUUCCCAGAGGCCACCGUCUCCCCCACAAGGCCAGCCAGGGUUAGAGGUCGGGUCAAUGGUGGAGGUCAAAGAGAACCCACCACUGUGUGGGGUCAUUCGCUGGGUUGGUCUACCUCCAGGACUACAGGAGCCACUUGCUGGGCUGGAGCUGGAGGAGGAGUGUGUGGGUUGCACUGAUGGCACAUUUAAAGGGAUACGUUAUUUCAUGUGUCCACCUAAGAAAGCUCUGUUUGUCAAACUGAAAUGCUGCAGACCUGACUCACGAUUCCCAUCCUUACAUCAUUCACCCAACCCCAUAGAACGAUGCAACUCCAUAGCAUUUGGCGGUUACCUGAGUGAAGUAGUUAAUGAGAACACUCCUCCUCGGACAGAGAAUGAUGGCUUGGAGGUGAUGGUGGGAAAGAAGAAAGGAAUUCAAGGACAUUAUAACUCCUGCUAUCUGGACUCCACUCUAUUUUGUCUUUUCUCUUUUAGUUCUGUGUUGGAUACAGUGCUCCUGAGGCCCAGAUCUAAGACAGAUGUGGAAUAUUACAAAGAGACACAAGAGUUACUGCGCACAGAAAUCGUCAACCCACUGCGGAUACAUGGGUAUGUGUGUGCCACUAAAAUCAUGAAACUUAGGAGGAUAUUGGAGAAAGUUGAGGCGGCAUCAGGAUUCACAUCAGAAGAGAAGGAUCCUGAGGAAUUCCUUAACAUCCUGUUUCAUCACAUCCUGAGAGUUGACCCACUUCUCAAACUACGGUCUGCAGGGCAGAAGGUGCAGGACUGUUACUUCUAUCAAAUCUUUAUGGAUAAGAAAGAUAAAGUGCUGGUGCCAACCAGCCAGCAGCUACUAGAAUGGUCCUUCAUCAACAGUGACCUCAAAUUUGCAGAGGCCCCCUCUUGCCUUAUAAUCCAGAUGCCUCGCUUUGGGAAGGAAUUUAAAAUGUUUAAUAAGAUAUUUCCUUCUCUGGAGCUUGACAUCACAGAUCUGUUAGAUGACACCCCUAGAGAAUGUCGGAUAUGUGGUAGUUUAGCUUUUUAUGAGUGCAGAGAGUGCUAUGAAGAUGGCGACAUCACACCGGGAAAGAUUAAACAGUUCUGUGAAAAGUGCAAUACACAGGUACAUAUGCACACACGACGUAAGGCUCAUCGGUAUGUCAAGUUAUCUGUACCUAAAGAGCUGCAGGAGUCAGCAUGGAGACAGGGUUCUUACCCUCACCAGCAGAUGGAGCUAUUUGCUGUGCUCUGCAUUGAAACAAGCCACUAUGUCGCAUUCGUCAAAUACGGAUCUGCAGACUCUGCCUGGCUCUUCUUUGACAGUAUGGCUGACCGUGAUGGCGGCCAGAAUGGGUUUAACAUUCCCCAGGUGUCCCCAUGCCCAGAAGUAGGGGCCUACUUAAAGAUGACCCCUGAGGAGCUUCAUGCGCUGGACCCAAAGAACAUCCAGGGCUUUGCCCGCAGACUUCUCUGUGAUGCUUAUAUGUGCAUGUACCAGAGUACUACUAUGAGUCUCUAUAAAUAGAGAGAGAGAAAUAAAGAAAGAAGGACAGAAAUGGCAGAGAUUGGGAGAGAUGAUAGAAAGAGGGAACAGAGGAAAGUAUGCAAGCAAGGGGCUGUGGUACAGGAAAGUGUGAUGUGCCCCGGAAAACACACACCGACGCACCCUUGAGAUCGAACAAACCACAUACAGCCGCUCCAGUCAUCUCAUCCUCUAUUUUGCAUUUCUCUGUACAUACUACAGGGUAAAUACGUGCAUGAGAGCGAGGGAGACUUCAAGAAAACACAAGGAAAAAAAGCCUAUUUGCACUGUGUGAGAGCGUAUGUGUUUGUUAAAAUGUUGUUUUCUCUUCUUUGUGCUGUCUUUGGCUUAACUCAACCUCUUUAGUGUGUCUCACUCCUGUCGAGUUGUUUGAGAAUCCACAUAAGAAUCCAAACUUUUUCCAGCCCUCAGGCAUUUCGCGGACACUCACUCAUCUUGUUGCUUCAUAUUCUCUAGCUGUCGCCAGGAUUGACCCCUCUAAACACCAACAUAUUCUCACUUUGUUAAUGAAGCAGUGUAUGAAUGACCUUCCUUUCUGAAUGAACACCUCAACUCUUGUCCACCAACUCAUCCAAUGCAAUGCAGCAUCCAGCCUUAAUUAUCGUGCAGACACAUUGUGUGUCUAGUCCCUGUUUUUUGCCUUUAAAUUUUGCUGUGAAGUCUUUGUCUGGUGUGUUCACAUACAGCAGAGCCCUUGACUGCCAUGCACUGGUCACAGAUCAAGACCGAAUAUUGAGACAGUGAUUGAAAAAAGCACACACAUAUUUUUGGAAUACAGUUUGUUUUGUCUUUUUUCCACAUUAUGAAUAUGAUUGAGCUUUGUCUUGUUGAAACAGGAACUAUAACUGAAGUAUUGGCUUUCCCAUAACUUGGUUUAUAUAAAUAUUGAGAUUGUUAUUUUAAAUUAUUGCAAUAAUAAUAACAGCAGUUCCCUAUGCUCCUGAUGUCUUAAACUGUUAGGGUGUGCAUACAAAUCUAUUUAAUUACAGAUACAGGUAAAAACUUGAAAGAUAAAAUAAUAUAAAGUGUAAUGAUAUUCCAGAAGUAAAACUGUUCCAGUCAAGGACACGUUAAAUGAGCUACAAUUAAAUUAAUAUUCCGUAUUUUAAUACAGGUUAAACUCAAUCGACAGCAUUUGUGGUAUAAUGUUUAAGACCACAAAAAAAUAUCUAUUUUUAUCUUGUCCCUCGUUUAUUUAAGAAUCAUGGUUACAGUCAAAGUCAUUUUUAUUAGUGUAGCGCCAUUCACAACACACAUCAUUUUAAAGCUGCUCUACAGAAAAUGAAACUGUAAUAUCUAUAAUGUCUUAGAGUUAUCUUUGUGUAGUUUGAUAAAAUACGAUUGUGAAUGGUGUUUAAAAAUAAGUAAUUAAAUAAUAAUUGUAUUUAGAAACCCAGUGAGCAAGCUGAAGUUGACUGUGGCAAGGAACACAAAACUCCAUAAGAUGUUGGUUAAUGGAGAAAAAUAACCUUGGGAGAAACCAGACUCAAUGUGGGGGCCAGUUCCCCUCUGGCUAACAUCAUGAAUAUUAUGCCAAUAUUACUUAUGUAUAGUUAAAGUCAUGGUUUAAAAUGAUAAAACUAAGUAAGUGUUAAGGGUCAGUGAUUAAACAAAGAUUUUGUAUGAACUGAAGUUUAAUGACUAAUGUUUUUGAAGUCCAUCCUGGAAUAACUGCAGAAGUUCACAUAGAUGAAUUGUCACUGUACAGUGAGGCACUUACAAUGGAAGUGAAUGGAGACAAACUUUAUACAAUCAAAUGUAACAUGUCAAAGAUGUAAAAUGUAUAUAUUAACAUGAUUUAAGUGUGAUACAACCUCUGUUCUAUAUGAUUUUAGUGUGAUAAAAUUGCUAAAAGGGUUUACAUAUAUUGAAUAUAACUUUAUUCUUAAGGUUAGUAAGCAAUUUUAUCAAUCUGAAAUCUUCAUAACCUGUAUAAUGUACGUCUUGUGGCUAUUCUUUUGAAACAAUGUGUAUUUUAAUCUUUACAGACUUGCCCCUAUUCACUUCCAUUGUAAUUGCCUGACUGUAAAUGCGAUUUUUGCUUAUUUUUAAAUAAAUGGACAAUUUGAAAAUAUAUAUUUUUGGUGGUAAUCAAUUAUAUGCCACACAUGCUGUUGAUUGAGCAUAACUUCUAUUGAAAACAGUAAUAUUCCUUUUAAAUGUUUGUUUGUACAUGAAGUACUCUGGUCAGAGUUUUAAAUUCAGAGGCUGACUCGGCAAGAGCUUGCUCAUGUUAUACUGCAGUGCCAUUGGCUAAUCCGCAGUAACACUGUCCAUUGAGGUACUGGCUUAAUGAAAAAUGCAGAUGUUUGCUAAAGUUUAGUGGAUUGUUUACACAGACCUGGUUUAUACUAAAGAAUUCUCUCAGAAUUAGAAAAUUAAAGUGAUGUAUUACUCAGCACAUGCAUUGGGAUUAUUUUUUUAAUCUCUGCUGAUGUAACUGUACACUAUGGGAGAGAUUCUCUGUGAGAGGCUGUAAUGGGAGAAUGGAUGAAGACUGGUGUAUCUGUAUAAAAUGAAGCCAGGUGGGCUUUAUUAUCUUUGUGCUGUCCUCUUAAAUGUUAACUAAAUUAAAAUGCCAUAUUAAAAAAGAAUUGUG